GAAAGAUAAUUUUGGACAUUCAUUUUUGUAAAACCUUGCAUUGCAAAAUUUUCUCCCUCUUUUUCUCCCUUUCCCUUCCCAAGACAGCAAAAAUCUAAUAUAGGUUAAAUGUGCAAUUCUUCUAAACAUAUUUUUAUACCCAUACUAUGAAAGAAAAAUAAGAUCAAAAGGGAAAAAAAAAAAAAACAGGAGAAAGGGGAAAAAAAAACCAAGCAAACAACAAUAAAAAGGUGAAAAUAGGAUGCUCCAAUCCUCAUUCAGUCUCCAUAGUCCUUUCUCUGGAUGUGGAUGGCACUUUCCAUCACAAGUCUAUUGGAAUUGGCCUGAAUCAUUUCAAUAUUGAAAAGAGCAAAGUUGAUUAUUACAUAAUCGCAGUUGAUUAUUACAUAAUCUUGUUACUAUGUACAAUGUUCUCUUGGACCCUCUUUCUACCCCCACUCCCACCCCCCACCAUCACAAAUAAAACAGAAAAAUUUCCAAAUGUAUUACAAAUAAAGUAACAAAAUAAAUCAGUUUUACAAAAGUUCUUUUUUCAUUUUCAUGAUAUAUUUAGACUUUGGAAGUUGAUCCCAAGCCAAAAGUCUUCCUGCUCCACCCAGCUAAUGGAGGUGGAGCUUUAUUUUACCAAUUGAUAACCCAAGAGACUUCAUUUGUCUUUCUGGUCCUCGUGGAGACAAUACUGGCCAGGAUCCAUUCUGGGCUUUUCGGAGUAAACAUAUUUCUGAAGUACCACAAUUGCUGAGUAGCAGUCCACUGUUCCCUCGCAGACAAUGCCUUCCAUAUUUAAGAUGGUCACUGGAAAAGUGGUCAGUGAAUUCACUGAGAAUGGAGACCUAAUUCCCAUUAGGAACCUCAUUGAUGCUGACAAAUUCCACUGUUGCUCUCUGGUGUGCAAAAAAAAGAGCUUUUUCCCUUUCUUUAAACCUCACUACUGGAAGACAGGGCUUACUGUGGAUGAUCUUCUGGAGGCCUCUGAUGAGCUGGACUGUGUCUUCACAGAGGUGGCAGAAAAAAAGAAUUCUAAAAUUAAGGAUAAUGUGAAAAUGAAGAUGAGAACUGAAAUGAAUAUACCCCAUGUUACAUCUGUAAAUGGGGAAGUUGAUUUCUCUACAAAGCUGGAGUUAAAGUUAAAGUUCUGGGAGAUUUCCCAUGAAGGAAAGGAAUCUUUGUCCCAAAGGAAGCUGAAAAAAGAGUUGCCUUCCCUAGUCGAAGCAUUGAAGAAAAGAGGCGAAAAUCUGUAUAUGGUGAUAGAAACGGUGGAGUUGGACGAGGAACAAAACAUAGAGAGAAAAUAUUUCGUGGGCACUUCCUUCAAAUCUCUAAUAAUGAAAAUAGAGGGCCUCUUGGAUGUGAAUAUCAGCAGUGCCGUCACCAUCCCUUCUAAGAGUGUCCUUGCCUGCAGAACUAACCUGCUGGUCUUCGAGGAGAAGCACUGCCGAAUUUCUCAUUUUGAUGAUGAAAAUUCCUUCUCUUCAGAAAGUGAUAGUGGCCAGAGAUCAGCAAUGCCGACUGAGGAAUGGCUCGAACCCCUGGAGAGCUUCAGUGAUCUGCAGGAGAAGGUGAUGAACUUGAUCUGGGCCCUCCAAGACCUGACAGAAACACAGCGGAAGGCCGUGCUGGACUUGCUUACCAGGCUUCUGCAGGACGAGGCACUGGGGGAGAUGGAGGGAAAGGUGGCUAUGGCCCUUUUCACGGAAGAGCUAAGUGACCCUGAGAACCCUCUCCUGAGCGUCCUGUUUGAUGCCUCUGGGAGCUCCAUGCAAAAGGAGGGUGAGGGCAUCCUGGAUUUCCUUGAGGCCCUGACAGAACUAAAAGAGGACCAACAGAAGAUACUGCCUAAGGUUGUGGAGGAAAGACUCUUGUCCGAGACAAUUAAGUUGGUGGAAGACCUCCUAAAGCAAUCAGAAACAUUCCCUCUGAAGACUGACUCAAUCACUCACACGCUUGUGAGAUUAUGUGAUCCGGAGUGCAAGCUAGAACAACCUGUUACCUGGGACUCAGAGACAUGUCAUUCACUCUGUGUCCUGUACACAGUUCUUUCUGUUCUGAAGCUCUUAGCUCAAGAUUCAAGUUCUGUCCUCUAAUUUUGUUUCCUGGGGCUCAGUAAUUUAAAUGUUGAUCAAAACGGCUUCAUAGAUUUUAUUCCAAAGAAGAAAAAGAAUGAUCAGAGACAUGUUGUAUAAUAUUCUUUGUGCAAUAGACUAUAAGCUCCCUGAGAAUAAGAACUGUUUAAUUUUUGCCUCAGAAAAUCUCAGAAUGGAAAAGGACUCUAGAAUCUACCUAAUCCAACCCAUACCUUAAAGAUAUUAAAUUGAUCCUGUAUCUUUUUUUUUAAUUGAUUCUAUUUGCCAUUCAUUGAUUUUGUCUUGUAGUUGCUAAAAAAAAUAAACAAACAAAAAAAAACCUAAA